CUAGCACGCAAAGCGUAUAUCCCAUGGCAGAGCACCGUGGACUGUCGUUAUUAAGAUACAGAUAGAAGUAACAAGAAAAAUUUUCGAGUCAUCAUGAUCAUUAGAGCUAAAUUCAGUCGAGCCCGAAACCAACCGCGGCAUUCGCUAAUCACCAGUUGUAGAAGGAAACGUUUUCCUACCUGAGUCGGACCGCACCCCGAUCGAGGGCCUCCCUCGAGAACGAUCUCAUGCUCGUAUUCGUGACGGUGGGUUCAACUAGGUUCGAUGCUCUUGUAGAGGCCUCUAUAUCAGAACCUGUCCUUAGUACACUUCGCGACUCGGGUUACGACCGCCUCAUUAUUCAGCGCGGUAAUUCCGUCAUUGAAUCAUCGGAAGAGUUCAACGGAGACAGUUGUACCAUACAACGACACGGUGUGGAUAUAGAGAUAUGGAGGUUCAAGCCUUUCAUUCAGGCUGAGUGUGAGCAAGCUGACCUCGUCAUCAGCCAUGCUGGAUCGGGAACGAUUCUGGAUGUCCUGAGGCUAGGAAAAUCUCUUAUUGUCGUACCCAAUCCAACCCUGUUGGAUAACCACCAAGAGGAGUUAGCAUCUGCCCUUCAGAUCUUGGGUCACCUAAAGGCGACAUCCAUUCAAGACCUCGCAUCGACAAUUGCAUCAUUCGAACCUCGCGACCUAGUUCCGUUUCCUCCCUUCGACGGGACUAAAUUCUCUAAGCUGGUAGAUGAGGAAAUGGGCUUCAUCUAAUAUGUGUUGAGUCUGUGUUGAGGAAGUGAUUGAAAGCACAUGCUGGACUCAGUACUUUCUCAAUAUUCAUGUCAUACCCAUACCACGACGAUCCUCAUCCAAUCCAUCUAUGAAAUGAAACCCGUAAAAAGUAUCACGAUUAUCGAUGAUCCGCAAGUACACGAAGACCAACACGUUCACGCCGUGUAUGACCAGAUUGCCUCUCACUUUUCAUCCACUCGGUACAAGGUGCGAAUUGUUGUAUCGAAAAUUCAAUCAUCAUGACUCAAUCGCGUC